AUGCACUACCGCGACAAGACUGGCAUGUGCGUACUCGUCCCGCACUGGUUCGACGAUACUGUACGUCUGGGAAUUCGCGGCCUUCCCACUGACGAGUGCGAAUGGCCCUACCCUCGCGUCUUCAAACCCGAGACGAGUACGGACGGCGCCGUGCUCGACGUGCCGUACCGUCUGUCUAGCGAGAAGAAGCGUUUCUACGAGACGGCGCUCGCCUCGUCGUUCGAUCGCCGACUUUCCCGUCUCUCUGCGAGCCAGCGGGACGCUCAUGAGGAGGGCAUCCGCCGUGAGGGCGAUGUCAUAGUACCCCUCAGUCUGAUCGGAUCUGGGACGCCACUCGACAUCGCGCAGGAAGAGGCCAGGCAGGUCCAGCAGGCGGACGUGCUCAUCACGCGAUACAGGGCACUUAAGGCAAAGAAGACGAUCGGCAGCAUGACGUGGCUGUGGCAUGUGCGGUCCACGGGCGCACCCUCCCGCCCUACGGACAAAUUGUUGCACUAUCCGAUACCUAAGGGCGCUCCUGAGGGAUUUGCGGAGCAUUCUAUCACUAUCACGAACUACACCGGUAAAGAUCGCGAGUAUCUCAAGAAGUUGGUCUCCACCAUGGACGGCAAGUUCACCGCAAGCAUGUCCAACACGAACACGAUCGUCAUCGCCGCAUACGUCGGCGGCACGAAGACAGCGAAAGCACUAUCCAGGUCAAUCCCCCUCGUGAACCACACCUGGCUUGAGGACGCCUUCGUGCACUGGCGCACGCCGACGCCCGCACGCGAAAAAUAUCUCUGCUUCCCGCCGGGAGUUGACUUUGGUGGCCUCCUCGAGCGCGGCGUCGGCCCGCUCGAACCACCGCCGCCUCAGUGUAGGACGGAGUCCGUCCGCGCCGCCGCACCAGAAGCAUCCGUGCAGUUCCCGACCAAACGGGGACGGCCGUCGGGCUUCGCCAAGCGCGCUGCUUCAUCCGUGUCCUUCCAGCCUCCCACAGAGGACAGCACUACUAUCACCACUGCCCCCGUGCCGGCAGCGCUGAUGCGCACGCCGUCGAGGCGCUCAGCGGCGACGAAGGCGACGGGGAAGCUGCACGAGGAGAUCAUGCCGGACGUGAUUAACUUCCAGAAGGAGAUGAAGAAGAGUACGGUGCGCUCCGUGUGGGAGGCUGAGGAGAAGGAUGAAAGCAAGAGCGCCGGCCGGAGGUGCAUGGGGCGGAAGAGCAGGAGGAGCAGCCAGUGA